UCAGCCGCUUAAUUGAAGCCAAGUAACAUACUUUGGAAGGUAUGAAUAAAGGCUUGCAAAAUAUACUGUGAGUUGGUGCGGGAUGAAGGAUUCAGCCUGGAAAAUAAUUGACAUAUGCUACACGCCAUUUCAAUAGGAAAUUCGCCAAGUAUUUUACGUGUUGACCAUAUGGCCAAAUGCGGAAACUGAAUUUUUAUGAAGGAGAAGUCUCCUCUCCUAAUGUUUCUAUAUGUCUUCUGCUAUGAUGCACUUUUGUUGCUUGCAAACACGUUGUGUUACUGAUUUCUUUUCGUUUUCGCGCGUUUGCGCUCAUUCGGUGUCAAACAAUCCGUGCUAUCCAACGUCCUCAUCAUCAACAUGGUUCUGCCAGCUUUCGUAUUCCUUCCGCUCUAUAUGUACCCAUACAAUUCAACCUCAUGGAGUACACUUACCACCUCUAUUGUCGCUAAUCCAAAUCUUAAGUUUCACGUGGUUGUUUCCCCCAAUUUAGCAUUCACGGACCCCGAUGUCAACUAUGUUGCGGGCCUUACAAGCUUGAACAGCCAUCCAAAUGUCCUUACUCUUGGUUAUAUCUAUACCUCUUACGGAUCUCGAGAUAUCUCAGAUAUUGCAGCAGAAAUAGAGAAAUAUGUCAAGUGGAACACAGCAACUCAACUACCAAUCAGCGGACUUUUUUUCGAUGAAUCACCAUCGGAUAACUCAACAUUCCCAUACAUGAGUAAUCUUACCACAUAUGCGAGAACUUUGUUAGGGGCCGGUAAAGAUCAUAUAUCUCUUAAUCCGGGUGUCCCCGUCGAUGCAUCCUUCUAUACCCUCGCCGAUAGCAUCAACGUCUUUGAAGAGUCUUAUGCGAUGUUCAAUCAGACUGCGUUGACUAGUCUGGAUAUGAACUUAAGAGUUAAAUCAACGUAUACAAUCCAUGACUUUACAGGAACCACGACACAACAAACUGCUCUCGUGAAUCAGCUUGCGUCGGCAAACGUAGCCGGAAUGCUAAUAACGACACAACCUGGAUACACGGCGUGGUCAAGCUUAUGGUCUUCGUUUUGCUCUGCAAUGACAAAAUUGAACCUUGGUGGUGGUUGGAAUAACGGAGGAGAUGAAGGAGGUGGAGGCUAUGGCGGUGAAAACGACUGUGAUGAUGACGAAGAAUGAUAAAUAUAGCGAUCCAUACUCUCCCACACAUUCCUGAUGUUUAAAUCAUACUAAGGCAACAAUCAUAUCUUUUUGGGCUCCUCUGAAUACAACAUGUGGCCUACAUUAUAACUUUCUAGACAUAUAUAUUUAUCUCGUCAAGUCUUAAAGAAAACCAUUUUAUGCAUUUUAGACCA